UACAUAGUUGUUUCUUUACAAAGGCGUGUUUCUGAUUUUAGAUUUUAGUGUGAAUAAUAUCCACCAUGUACUCUUCUUUUGCAGGAUCAAAAAACGCUUCGCAUGUUUAGAUUCUGAAGCAACCGUGGCGUUAUGCUGCAAGUCGGUGCGCUCAGUCCACUGACUUGUGGGCCCCAGCGAGGGUCUCCGUGGACCCACAAGUCAGUUCAAUCACGCCUCCCCUAACCUUCCAGCCAUUUCAAAUUUCGAACCCGUGUCGCUCCCCGGCGCCUAUAUAUACACGCGCUCCUCGCCCACACGCAGCACACUGCGCCUCCCACCGCUGCAUGGGCAAAGCCAUCUCUCUUCUCCGGCCACCGCAACCGCCACGAGAGGACAGCGAGAGGGAGAAGGUGAUGGAGCUGAGGAAGCGCCCGAGGCCGCCGCGCGUCGACCCGGACUUCGUCUCGUCCCCGCCGCCCUUGCCGCCGAGGAAGCGGGCGCGGAAGCAGGCUGCGGGGGCGGCGAAGAGGCAGCCGCAGAGGAAGAGGGCGUUGUGCGCGUGCCUGGGGAUCGGGAGCCCGGUCGCGGGGUUUCAUCCUGCGAUGUGCGUCCGGCAGGCGGCGCCGCUCCCUCCGCGCACGUCGACGCGCGUCCUCUUCCGCCCUCGCCAUCCCUUCAACUGGUACGAGCCGGACAUGUGGACGGAGGUGGUCAAGCACCUGUGCGGCUUUGACCUUGUGCGCCUCUCCCGCACCUGCCGCUGGUUCCGCCGUCUCCUCGCCGACGACUCCAUCUGGCGCUACGCCUUCUUCCGCGACCUCGGCCUCCCCGCCGCCAACCCGAACACUCCUCCUCGCCCGCUCCACCGCUCCUGGCGCCACCUCUACUUCGCCGCCUUCAGUGGCCUCCACGCGUACUAUAUCCGCGAGAGGAACAAGCACGUCGAUGGGUGGCGGGUCGGGGGAUUCCUGCUGGAGUCGCCGCACGUGCUGCUGACAGGGAAGCUGCCGUUGCCGUUGCCGAGGUGGUUCCCUCAUGAUGCUGACGGCGUGCGGCUCGCCAUUGAGGUGAUGGGAGCCUGCGUGCUCUCCGACGCCCGCCCCGGAAUCUGGAUUGCCGACAUGCAUGUGAUGAGAUGCCCCGUGUGCAACCUCAACAACUGCGAUGGGACGAUACAGGUUCUGGACGCACGGCACUCUGAGCUGUUCCUGGAGGAGGCGUUCUGGGAUGGGACCUUGGAGUACGAGGACAUCGGCGAACACUUCGUUGACGAGGAGGUGGCCGCCGCCUUGUGUGCCAUCUUCAACGUCAAGCGCCUCUCUUCCCCGUCGACUGCCUGUGUUCUCAACACCCAGUCCUGGAUCAGAAAGCGCGACGACCUGCAGCCCAGGACGCAUGGCACCGCAUACGCUGCUGCCGUCAACUCCAACCUCCAGCGCAACCAUGGGCUGCUGACGAGGUUCAAGGCGAUGCGGGACACGACCAGGGACGGGCAGAUUGUGUCCAUAAGGAUCUCGCAGCAGCUCUUCUGAUUAUUCGCUCGGUUCGUUUCUGGCGCUCCACCGUACUGUAGAAAUCUCUUCAUCUCUGGUUGCUGCCUGUGAUUAUUGCUACUGUCACGGAUACUCAGGAAGGGUAUACGAAGAUACUAGAGUAGGUCUGGCCUCUCUGUUACUGCUACAUCGGUGUCUAGGCUGUAGAGAUAACCUGCAUUGCGGUACAACACAGAUUGAAGAAAACCUGAAAAAUCUUUUCUGAUGCUCGUAUUGUUUCUGGUCAUCCGAACUUAGGGCGAGCUGGAUGAUACGGUGAAUUGGAUUGUGAAAGGAACUAGUAGCCUGAGGAUGUGGCGUUGUGAAUGUUUUGGUAUAUACGUAGUUUGUUCUGUAUGCAAUCUGCAACCGAUGAACAGCUGCGCGUAUUCGGUUUUUCUUCAGUAAUUCUUGGCAGUGGCUGGUUGCUAUAUGCUCUUUGUAUAUCUAUGUGAUCAUCAUAGGUUGCAGCAUAG